CCCCGGAGGAGAAUGAAGGAGGGCCGGCGGCGCGAGAUCAUGUGAGAGUCCACGCGCUGAAAAGUAGGUUAGUUAGUGAGAGACAGAUAGAGUGAAAGAAAGAGAGAGAGAGAGAGAGAGAGAGAAAGAGAGAGAGAGAAAGAGAGAGAGAGGAAGAAAAACCACUCACACACACACACACUCACACACACACAGAGAGAGAGAGAGAGAGAGAGAGAGAGAGAGAGAGACCGCAGGGGGAAACAAGUAACGCUCCGGAGGAUUCAAACGGAAAUGAACUCCAGCCUUUGAUCGCUUGUUUGUCUUGUGCGGCGCGCGCGCGCGGCUCUCCGGUCAACUUCAUGCGGUUUAGUUGUUUUAACGGUUUUAACGGUUUUAACGGCUCUGAGCUGAGCUUUUGCGAAUUUCAUCCCAUUCCUCCCUCCAUCGCUGUUCAAAUGUCCUGGAGUUUACAUCAGUAUUAUUUCCAGAUAAUAUAAAAGAAAAAAAAUCAGCAUGAGAGCUCAAAUCGAGGUGAUCCCCUGUAAGAUCUGUGGGGACAAAUCAUCAGGGAUCCAUUAUGGAGUGAUCACAUGUGAAGGAUGUAAGGGUUUUUUCCGGCGCAGUCAGCAGAAUAACGCCAUGUACUCGUGUUCUCGGCAGAGGAACUGUGUGAUCGACCGGACGAACAGGAACCGGUGUCAGCACUGCCGGCUGCAGAAAUGCCUGGCGCUCGGCAUGAGCCGCGACGCGGUGAAGUUUGGCCGCAUGUCUAAAAAGCAGCGGGACAGCCUGUACGCCGAGGUGCAGAAACAUCAGCAGGGUCAGGAGUGCGUCAGCAGCGUCAUGUCCUCCGGCGGAGUGGGGGAGGAAUCCGGAGAGAACAGCCACGAUGGACACACUCGAACCUGCAGCCGCAGCUCCAGCACAGCCCUCAGCGACCUCGACGACCUCGGAGGCCUGCUGUUUGACCUGCCCCUGACCCCGGAGGAUGAGUACUGCGGCCUGGAGCUGCAGGGCAACAACAGGACGAGCGGAGAAGGGAGCAGCGGAGGGAGCAACUCAUCCUCACACAGCUCCAUGGAGUUAAAACACGAAUGCCAGCUUCUUCAUACGCACUCGCCGCUCAACGAGGGGUUCUCGCUGCUCGAGACAGAACGCAUCGCUCAGAGUGUGGUGAAGUCACAUGUAGAGACGAGUCAGUACAGCACAGAGGAACUGAAACGGCUUGCGUGGAACCUGUACACAGCCGAGGAGACUCGCACUUACCAGAACAAACCGAUGGAGGUGAUGUGGCAGCAGUGUGUGGUGCACCUCACUAACGCCAUCCAGUACGUGGUGGAGUUCGCCAAGCGCAUCUCCGGCUUCAUGGAGCUGUGUCAGAACGACCAGAUCAUCCUGCUCAAAGCAGGAUGUCUGAGCGUGUUGCUGAUUCAGAUGUGUCGAGCCUACAACCCCGCGAACCACACGCUGCUCUUCGACGGGAAGUUCGCGAGCGUUCAGCUCUUCAAAGCUCUCGGUUGUGAUGACCUGGUGAACGCUGUGUUUGAACUCGCUAAAUCGAUGAGCCGCCUGCAGCUCACGGAAGAAGAAAUGGCUCUGUUCAGCGCCGCCGUCCUUUUCUCCCCAGAUCGGACCUGGCUUACAGACAGACAGCAGGUUCAGAGGCUGCAGGGGAAAGUUUAUCAGGCGCUGCAGCGCUGCCUGAACAGAGAGGGCGCCAACGAGCACAAACUCGACAAGAUGCUGGCUAAGCUUCCUGCGAUAAAGUCCAUCUGCAGCCUCCACAUCGACAAGCUGGAGUUUUUCCGCCUGCUCCACCCGGAAACAGCCUACAGCUUCCCGCCGCUGUAUCGGGAGGUGUUCGGUAGCGAGAGCUUCUUCCCUGAUUCCACCAAGGGCUAGACGACACCAGCGUGUCACUCAAACUGGUGCUCGAGAGUGAAUGUUCGGGAGAGAGAGAGAGAGAGACGUAGGGAUGAAACGAAGGACUGGUAGAUGUGACGCGUCAUUAACAGACCAGCAGCUCACUGACAAUCCUGCACACAACACUUUUGGACUCCAAAUCCCACAAUACCUUUCUCUGAGCUCUUUACUUAACAGGUGAUCGACGGGGCGGCCCGAGAGCGGCGCCGGUUUGUCGCGUCGUUUUAAACUGACAAGGAAAAAAAACAAUCAGAUCGAGAAAGUUCAGACAGAUGGAUAUUUUGGUGCCAGAAAAAUGGUGGCUAAUUUGAGUUCACCUAUGUACAUCGAAAUUAUACUGACCUGUGUGACACUAUGCAGAAGUUGUAGCUAUGAAAACGAUCCGUUCAAUCAGAAUGUUUCAUUAAAACAAUCCGUCAAAACGUUCUUGAUUCUGGCUGAAGUUGCUUUGGCAAGUUGGUGACGAGAACAGGAUUGACGUAAACAGCUGCCACGUUAACGUUGCCAUGGUGAUUACAUACGUUAUCACGCUGGUAACUACAAGAGCACUACUGCCAUUAAAUCGGGACAGCUAGUCACUUCGACUCAACAAAUUUAAUCAUAAUACGUUAUUAUUUUUUAAAUUAUGUUUACCAACGGUUAGCUAGCUAACUAAAUCAGAAAUCAAACUUAAGCAUCAUGCAGAAUAAUUCUGUGUUGUAUUUUAUUUUACAAGCUGUUCAGCACCCACGUUAAAAAAUCUAGUUUAGAAAAAUGAAACAUUUUCGCUAUUACGACAAAAAAAACACAGUAAAAGAACCCUGCAGGAAAGUUUUGGCACCUUUUCAUCACUCUUAAUGUGCAUGUCACUUUCGAUCCCCCUACAGCAGAGGAGGGCGUGGCCAUGAUCGCAUCAGAACAGUUCGCACCGUACGGAGCGAGCGUGUAGGUUAGGAUCGGAGCUUAAAUCUCUGAGAGACUCUGUGGGAAAUGACUGUACUUUUUUCACCAAUUUUACUGAAUGUAGUGGAAAUGUAGCACAGCCUCGUGGACGAGACAGAAUGUAUUAUUGUAGUUUCUGAUCCUCUGCAGGGUUUAGCAUUUUUACGAUGCUAAUCUGCUAAUCUGCAGGCGUGUGAACGAGGCUGUGUGCACAUCGGUUGAGGUCUUCAUUCUGACCUUUUUUUAUCUUUAUUAUUGUUAAUAUUAUUAAAAAAAAAACUCUGCUCCAUUUCUUUUUUUCCUGGAAAUGCCACUCUAGAAUGAAAUACGUAGUAUUUUAUUUUGGUAUUUUGAUUUAUCUGUAAUCAAAAUAGAUGUUGUGUAUAUAUAGUAUUUGAAAUUAGAAUAUAUAUAUAUUAUAUUAAGUAUAUAUUGCACAGAUACAUGGAGAAUGAACUGUUAAGCAAGAGCAGCGAUGUGUGAAGCACAGUACCGUAUUUUCCAAACUAUAAGCGGACAAUUUUACUAACACAGCCAAACAGCAUCCACCUUAUCAUUACUAUCGUUAUUGUUUUGCUUUAGCCCAUUUGUUAGUGUUUUAUGGUGUUCAUGGUACUCUAGCAAACAAACGAAAGUGUAUAAAAUGAAUUAUGAGGAGUUUUUAUUUUGCAUUUAUAAAAUAUAAACUUGUGCUGCCUUUUCACUGCUUCCAGCAAAGCUUUCAAUUUGUGCGACUAGACAGGAAGCGACUGUAAUGCGUAAGUAACGUAUCUCAGUCAAAAAUACGAAAAGAGCGAAUUAUCAACCAUUGCGUAAUUUAAAUUUAUUUCAGAAUUAAUCAGAUUUUAGUAACGUAGAUGCUAUAAGUCAAACCAGGUGAUAAUUUAGUGUUAAUGGAUUUGGUUGUGGCGUGUUAGCUAACUCAUGUUAGACAGUUAAGCACAACUAGCUAUACGUAAACUACAUACUACUAAGUUACACAUCAUAUGUUUGUCGAAACUAUUUACAUGAAGUGAAUUAAAAAAUUGUGUAUUUAAAAUUUUUUAUUUAGGUUACACAAUUUAAUAGUUUAAAAUUUGAACGCAAUCCGACAGCCACUGGGGGCGAAUUCAGACCAUCGUAUUCAGAGGUCGUGUGCAGUGAGAAGGCGGCAGGAAUGAGAGGAAAUAAUACGGUACUACAGUAAUGAUGAUGGAGCAGAAAAAAUGAACUAGACUGAAGUUUCAUUUUAUAGAUAAAAUAAAAACACCUGUAACAGUAGUGUAACGUAUAUACUGAUUUUUUCCUCCUCUAAGUCUGGAAAAAUACAGUGGUAUGAAGUGUAAUGAUAAUAAUAAUAAUAAUAAUAAUAAUAAUAAUAAUAAUAAUAAUAUACAUUCUGACUCAAGCUGAACGGCUGAGAUGCUGCUUUCUUUUUUUCAUUUUAAAAGCAGGUGAAUGGCACUUACAGAUCUUACACCUCCACAAAUGUUGAAAGUUAGUGCACCCUCUCACCCUCAGGCUAGGUGAUAUCCGGGUUAGUGUUUGCGCUGUCUUUCUCUCAUACACACACACACACACACACACACACCAGCUUUCUCCAGGUCUUUCCCCUCACACUGCUGUUCUCUCUACUCACUGGAUUUUUUCCCUUGUUCAGUUAUGAACUGGGAAGCUACUACCCACUAUUGUUUAAUGCACUCUGACUCUGAGUGUGUAUUCGAGCAAACUGAUGGAUGAACGUUUUAAUUUUGCACAUACCGUAUUUUACAGACUACAAAGUCCCACCAGGGUCAGACACGAUACGAAAUGCACGGAGACGAGCUGUAUUAGCCCGACUUAUAAGCUGCUUAUUUUCUAAUAAAUAUGGAGACGUUGUAUUUCCAAGCUUAUUAUGCAUUCACAACAGCAGAUGGCGCUACAGUAAGGCUAAAGAGCCCAAUUCAGUCUGUUUACUGCUCGUAGCCUAAAUAUGUUACAGAAUGUGAUCCUUCAGUUCAGUCUUAUUGCUAUCUAAAGACUUCUAUUUUAAUACAAAUAAAAAUGAAAUUAUCAGCUAACCUUUUAUGGGAGAAUGAUGAUGCUGUAUAAUAUAUAUACGAAAACAUUUACACACAGUUUUACUAAAUGAGGCCCAUUGAGUGCUGUCACUUUUCAGUAUGUUAUAUAACCAUGUCUUGGGGUGAACUCAUUAUAUAAAUCUAGCUCAGAACAUUUUUUUUCCUCAGAAGCGAAAUACGAAAUGAUCGGUCAGAAAAGCUGACUGUUUUCACCAUCCUGGCCGUUGAGAUUUGCUUCACGUGUCGUGUUGGAAUAUCGGUCUUCUCGACCUAUAGUUACUGGUUUCCUUGUGGUUUUCUUAAAAAAAAAAAAAAAAGCUGGUUAUAAAACAGUUCUCUGGGUGUUUACGACAGUGUCAUAAUGGGACUGUGCAAUAGAUAUGGUGUAGAUUCACUCUAGCACGAGUCAGUUAACGGGAUAAUUUGGUCUAAAAUUAAACAUACACAGUGUAAGUGGUAUUAACAGAUUCAUCAUGAGGUGAAGGAAAAAAAUGACAGUGUGAUUUAUAAAAUGAUGCAUUUAACAGUUUUUAGAUUGUGUGUACAUACUACUUCGUCUUGCUAGUACACACACACACACACACACACACACUCAGGGAGUUAGUUGGGCUCUGGGUCCCGUAAAGUCUUCUUCAGACACCUUUAACCCUGCAGAAGUCCUCGAACCUCCAUCACUGUGUGUUAGUAUCUGCUUUCCUGAAUGUUAAGAUUUCCCACAGAAGUGUCACUUUUUUCUUAAAUUAAAUAGGAUCUUGUAUAGUUAUAAAAUUAAAUAUAAAAAUAUAAAGAUGGAUUCUAUUCUUUUUAAUUUUUUUUGUGAUUUCUCAUGGCUGUUUUUUUUCCUGCAGUGUUUCACUUUCCUCAUCCGUUUAGUGUCCUCAUCGUCCAUAUGAAUUGUAAUUAUAUUUUUUAAAGAGUGUUUUUAAAACAGAAAAUCUGACUCAUGAUCCUUCUGUUUUCUUUCUUUCUGGAUUUAUUGUUUAAAAAGAUUACAUAGAUUUUAAUAACUAUAAUUUAUGACAUGGAUACAAGUAUUAAAAAAAGACAGACAUGAUGUAGAGUUGUAUUCUGGGGAUACAUGUGGAUUAAAAGUGAAAUAAAUAAGUCUUUUUACAUA